CAGCUCCUGGACUGCGCAGCUCUCAACAUGGCCGCCCGAGUCUCCUCCACGGUAUAGUCCGGGUCCGAGUGAACGUGUCGGGUGUGUCGGUGAAGUGACCGGGUACGCUGGAUCCUCGAGAGAGCGGAGGAUCGACCGAGCAUGAGGCUCGGCGAUCCUUACUUCGACGAGAUUAGUGAGGUGGACCGAGGUGGACUAAGGACCUCCUCGGGCGCUAGUGAUCGAGGGGAUCUGCCCACAGGCGGACCUAACCGAACGAGGGCGCCAGGAAUACGCUCCAGAAGGAAUGCUGCAAAAACGGGAAAAUGAAUUUACUAUCUUCCAAAAAGAUCACAUCGCCAAUAUUUAUAAGGUACCAGCAGAGAUGCGCCGGUCGAGUCGUCAUCUAGCUACCUGUGAAUCAGUGUCGGCGACUCCUCCUCGAGUCGGACCAUGCCCUUGGCUCGAAACACCUGCACAGGAUGGCUGGUCCUACUGUUCUUGAUGUCGUCCACAGCUCACUCGCCCCUAGCGUCGGUCAACCCAUGGCUAUCGUCUUGUGAUCUACACCAGCCCUCUCCCGACCUACAGGGUCCUUGCGCCGACAGAACGAUGAUCAGCGAAUUCCCCGGGCCUCCACCGCCCCGCUGUCCGCCGCCGUGCUCUUCGACAUCACGAAACUCAGAUAAUACAACUCAGUGCCUUGAAUAUUUGAAUGAAUCGCACAAAACGGUUUUGUGUGGGGCCGGUGCGGGCUCGGGGCUGGCGACGAGACUACGGUUGAGGCAUUGUUGUGAACAUUCGGUCCACUCAUCGCUCGGAGCGGACCUGUGGAGUGACAAUGCUACGUGUGAGCGUGCUGUGCAGGCGCUCAUAGACACUGAUAGACUAGCCGCGUCUCUGGAGUGCGCGUUCUCGGAGGUGUUGUCUAGGUACGACUGCGGCCAGAGCUACUCGGUCAACUUCCACUGUUCUCACUGUCAGGAAGCGUACCGACAGUGGGUUUGUGCCUCCCUGGUGCCUCACUGGCUACAUGGCCGUCACAGAGUCAAGCCUUGUCGGUCCGUCUGCCAGAGGGUGGAACAGAAGUGUCCCUUCUUUCUACCGGGUGACCGAGCCCCCUCCUACCCCACCCAGUACGCUGGGGAACCCACAUUCCUGUGCCUCGAUCCCAACAUCCCAGAGACGGGAGAGCAGUCGCGCCGGUCUACCUACUCCUCCACCUGCUGUUUCGAGCCAUGCGCCGGGAACUUGUGUAUGACGCCAGCGACAUGCACGCCGGACUACCCGGAACAACUGGCACAAACCUGCGCCAGCGCGACGGCGCCUAUCCUUUCCCAGUGUACCAGUGGCGCACCCAGGGCUAGACUAAGCAUUGCGCUCUUCGCCCUACUUCUAGGCCAUUUAAUAGAUCGGCGGUGUAGAAAAAGAACUAAAAUCAGUUGGAAAUAGUUUUUACUAGCAGGGAGCAAUGGGAAGGGUGUGGACCGCUGUGUUAAUGCCUUAUUAUGAUAUGAAAAUCGGUUUGCUUCCAAAGUUCAGCAAGCAUUUCGUCGCACGUUUAUAUUGUUUUGCAGCCCUGUUCCUAUUGUUUUCCUUUAGGUGCCUGUUCUGGUCAUAAUAAAUAGUGAAAUCAUAUUCACUUUUAAUACUUCAGGUUUGUUUUCAUAAGAAGUUAUAAAACACCUAACAUUAGUUUCCUUCUUAUUAAAUUUUCAGUGGUGUCCCACUACCAGUUGUUCAUAUUUUUGGUAGGGUUAUAGUGAAGGAAAAUCUUAAGGCAAAAAUGUUAUAUUAUUUAUUAAAAACAAUGCUCAAGUUUAGUUUGAAAUCUAACAAAAGUCAGUUUAUUAAAAAAUUACAUUAAAACUCUUUAUAUGCAUUUUUUUUUUAAAGGUUGUUCAGUCAAUAAAAGAAAGCUAGUCAUUCCAAAACUUGAUUUCAAACCAAAGUUAAUCAGAUAGUAAUGAUUUGUUUGAAGAAAUAAUUUUGCAAGUGUUUCACAGUACAAGUGACAAAACCAAGCAGCAGUAAAUUUAGAUACAAACUCCAUGAAGUACCUACUACUUUAAACAUAUACAGAACAGGCAUUACUUUUCAGUCCGACCACUUAAAGAAACUAGAACUGUGAAUAUUCAAAGUUUUAAAUUGCAACAAUCAGUAUGUACCAAAGCAUAUCACUAACUUACAGGAAAUAACAGAAUGGUGAAAGUAAUUUAACAUAUUAUUAUUAUUAUAGUUGGUUUUAAAAUCCAAAGCUACAAUUCCCACUCCUGUUCACUAGUUCUAGUUUCUCAUAUAGUGGUGACAUAUUAGUUAUCACUCUUGUCAACAUGGGUUCUGCAUGAAACACAGUGAAGAAUGUUAAUUUCCGUCAGUGCGACCGAGAACAGGACUCAAACUUCCCAUCUACUCUCUGCCAGGAAAACGAUUUCUUACAGAUGAAAAACUUAAGACAAUUGUUUAAAAAUUUGUAGUGCUCUGAAGAGGACCUGGUGUUAGGACAAUUUUAAUAUUUAAAUAAAGGGAUAAAUAAUAAUUAAUAUAAAAUUGUCGAGGGUAAAUGAAUAAAAUAAGAAAUAAGCCCAAGAAUAGAUAGGGAAAGCGAAGAAAUGUGUGUUUGCCAGUUUGUAUAUUGUAUAGUUAUGUUUUAUACUGUUACGUUGAUGUGUGCGGUAGUCAGCCCUGCUAUGACACAUUAUUGUUGCGUUCUGUUCCACUUUGGAAGGGAGAGCUCGAUUUAGCCAGGAUCUGUUAUCGGAGCUGUUGAGAAACUAAAAUAUAAUUGAACAUAAAAUCAUUACGCAAAAACCCUAAAACAAUUAAACGGGGAACAAAUUAUAAACAGAUAACACCACAGUGAUUAAAAUUAAGACUUUCUUCACUGAAGUCCAUACAAUAGGUAUUUUGUAAAGUUGUAACAAAUUGAUCAAACUAACAAAAGUACGAUUUACACAUUUUAUAACUAUUUUUUUCACUAACCCAAUCAAUUAAAAAGAAUAUUUCUCAAUUUGUUUUAUGUUCUCAAGUUAGUGAUAUUAAGGAAACCGGUUUGAUUGCAGUGGAAAUCUGUUCAGUUACAAAACAGUUGUUAACCAUGUGUAUUUUUGAAAUUUCUGGUACUUUACAGGUUAUAUUGCAGAUAGUGCACUGCUCUCGACACCAAAGUGUAAACAGUUCAUUUACAUUUGACAAUGUUGAUAUUGAAAAUACUAUUCAAAUAAAAUAUAAAUUGCAAGACUAAAUUGAAAAACCUGAAUCUCAACAGUUCUCCAACACGCUAAAUGGGGUACCCAGGCCUAGAUUUUUUUGAAGUAACACCAAACCUAUGAAAAGUUUGGUAUGAACAACACGGACUGUCAACAAUAGAGGUAGCUGUAACCUAGGCUAAUAUAGUACAAUAUCCGUUACACGCACAAUUAAAUGGUAACAUUGGCCACAUUAAAAUUAACUAGGUUUGUCACAUCAUUAACAUUUUCAGUUUCAUUACGAAUACAUCAUACAUGUCCAAGAAGGUUUUAAUGUAGGCCUACACAAAUUGGUUACUGUUUAGGUUUAAUCGUAAUUAGUUUCUAAGGGCAGAGAGGUUGGAAAAUUCUUUUUGCUGUUACAUUCAAUAAAUAACAGUUGUAAACAAAAAUUAGAAACUUCACUUAGUACAGUAAACCCUCACUUGUCCGGACUAAUUGGAGAUGCACUUGUUAGGAUUAAUGAAGGUUCGGAACAGAUCCAAUAAAUCCAAUACAAAUAAAGUUUGGGCUAUUCCAAUACCACUUGGGUAGUCCUCAUAUAUAAAUGAAUCACCUUUUAUAGAGAAAAAGCUUCAAUAGUGUAUUGUUAUGUUAAAAUCAGUAAACUACUGAAGCACUAUAAAAUGUGCGACAAAACUCCAUAAUUUACAGUAGCUCAUUCCUAACCUAUCUGUGUCUGUCUUUUUACAAACUUCUGUCAAAUUAAUUGCUGUAGCUAAGCAAAGUCAAUGAUGUUGUUUGGAUCAACAAGGGUUUACUGUAUCCAACGGUUUUGUACCUUCAAUGUGUGAUAGGGUAUAGUUUUUCAACGUUGUUAAGUAAAAGAUUGUAAGUGGUUUCUAAUCAGUAGGCAUAAAAUUUAAAUGAUGCGAGAAUUUUACAUAAGCUGAAAAAGUGUAUGUAGAAUUUAUUAGGUGGUUAACAAAAGGGUUAUUUGUGGUUUGGAGAUGAACCUUUGUGUUUGUGAUGUGACAAAUAUUCUCCUACGUUAAGAUUGAGAUCUGAGUGGCCGUCGCCAAAUUGUAUACCGAUAGAAAGUAUGUGAUAUCCGUUUAACAGUCAGAUUAUAUAAUGUUAUAUGAUUAAAAGUAUUUUAUUUUAUAUUCCAAAACAUUAUUUGGGAAACACUUUUAAGCUGUUGAAGAUUUUUUAAUACAAAACAUAGUCUCAAAUGUGGGGUAUAUGAGACUGUCACAGUUGAUACAUUUUUUAAAAGCUUACACAUUUUAUAAAAUGCUGUAUAAAAGGCCUAAUUAAAAUGUUUUAAAGAAAAAACAAUACAAUCUAAAUCAUGGUAGAUUUUUAGUUGAACCAGAACAUUUAGUUGACUUAUUGCUGAUGGUACUUGUAAACACUGAAAGUAGUUUUGCCGUUUUUUUUUUUUUAAUAACAUAACAGUUCAAAACUGAGAUCAAAUUUAAAUUUACCUUAGUUAAGCAAAACACAAACAAAAAGAACCUAAACCAUUUUCAUUUUUCCAUAUUCUAAAACUUGAUUGGAUCAGUGACUAUUUUAUUUUGAUAAUCAGUUGCUUUAAACUGUUAAAGUGUGUUAACUUUUUAUGGCCGUUACUAUAAAACCCGUUCUUAUCAAGAUGUUAUCUAAAACCAUAGGGCCACAGUACAUUUAAAAUUACUGGUAAAAAGUUAUGUGCCCCCCACUACUUCAUCAGCUUUUACAGUAUGUUAAAUUUAUUCAAAUUAGUAAAGUUAAUCAGAUUAAUUUUUUUACCUAAGUCUUGUUUGUUGGUAGAUUUAUAUUGGUUAAGAGACCGUUACAAACAUUUGUUCUUUUUUAUAUAGUAUUUAUAAAACCCUUUGUUGUAUGCAUUAGACUGUUAAGAUCACAUUUUGUCUGUCUAAAACUGUUCAACUUGAGUAAAACCAAUCUGUGUCCAGAUGUCUAUGCAAGUAUUAGUGAGAGUGUUUCUAGACCAGCAUUGGAUGCUUUUUAGCACUGAAGAAAAUAACCAACUGAAAACUGACAAAACCAGUCAAAGUGACCUUUAACUUUUUUUCAAUUUAAAUUUGAAGUACUUUCAAAAUUGUAAGUUUCAAAUUGCCUCUGUGCCUGAUUGAACAAAUUUAUGACAAAAACUGUUCUGUUGUUUUAUGUAUUUUACAAAAAUUCUAACCCACAAUAUUUUAUAAGCAUCCAGAAUUUAUAGUAUUAAAAAUAAUCUGUUAAAACUCAUCGACAUUUAAAGAUCAAAUAAAGGCUCUCUGUUAAAGGUAAUACUCAAAAGGAUUGCAAAUUUACAAUUUUGUAUCAUACUAUCCUUAUUGUAUUUAGAAAAACUUAUCAAAAUUUCUACAACUAUGUAACUAGCGUUUCUGAUUACUUAAAUGCGUGUUGAAAUCCUUGUAAAAAGUAAAACGUAGCUCGAUAUCUAACCAUGAUGUUGUGUAGUGGAGAGGCAAUGUAUCACAAAGACUCACAUGUCACGUCGUAGGUACGUGUUGUAACGAAUAUUAGUUCCUCAAUAGUAUAGGUUACUCAUGGUACUUUUAUGUUGGUUACCACUAGCGGUCAGAACAUUAGUUAUAAGGUGUAUGUAUAUUUUGUAAGAGCAAAAUCACAUUUCUCUUUGGAACUGUUAUCCAGAUUACUAACAUCACAACAAAGUUGGCCAGUUGAAAGGGUUUUGUUGAGAAAAUCUUAGUUUCAACCACAUAGUAAUCACAACUCGGUAUGAAUUUUUCAAUUUAAACAGUACGCUAGGUGAAUAAAAUUUGAUUUCUGAAACUGUAAAUGAGUGCAUUAUAUUGCUAAUUAGUUUUACACUUUUAUUGUAACAGAUAUCUAGAUUCACAUUCCCCAAAAUUAUGUCACCAGUCAUAGAACAAUUGCCACAUGUGUUGUAAAUCAUGGUUCAAGGUUCAGCUAUUCGUUCAACAUCUUCCUCAAGUUGUUUAUUGAUGCUUUAAACGCAAACCUUUCUUGUUACCUUACAUUUGCUGGAUAGUUUUAUUUUUAUGAAUAUCUCUGUUUUUAUACACUCAAAAUACAUUGUACACAACUCCUCUAUAGCAAAACUGUAACUUACUAUGCUCUGAUCUCCAAAAAAAUAUGUGGUAAGAUCAAACUUAAAGAAGCACUCGAUUUUACUUAAUUAGUAUUCAAAUCAGGCCCGUGGUUUGCAUGUGAUGUGCAAUGGCCCCGAGAGAUAAUUGCGCUCUCUCCAUCUACCUUGUGGGGAGAAUUAUCUCUCACUUGCAACCCUGGGUUCAAGCCUAUUUAACAGGUUUUAAAAUAAAAAAGGUUAUAUAUUCUUUCAAUAAUAUUUCUCAAUACUAUUUCACCAAAAACUAUUGACAUUUAGUGAGUUUUGUUCAGUUGUACCGGUUGUACUUGGGGUAUUUUACACAUACAAUUUUAACCAAUUUAAAAAAUUACCAAUCCUUUUUUAUGCACCAUAUAAAAGGUAUACUCAGCUCCAUAGAGUAUGGUGAAGAUCUAUAUGCAUUUAUAAUUGACACUGCCCUUCAUUUAUGGUUUGGUAAUUUAAAACAAUGCCAUAGAAGCCAACGUUUUACCCAAUAUAAAAAUAAAUAUAUUUAAAGAAUAUUCAAAUUGAAUUGCAUUUUAAUAACCUUGUAUGAGAAAUAAUUCUAGUUUUGCACAGCCUAGUUCCAAAGAGUAAUGAUUGUUUUUGCAUUGAACUGUCCAUUUCACCUCCACACGUCCAUUGUUAUUUUAUUGUAUUGCGCUAGAAACAUUUUAAAUUGUUACAUUUUGUAUGAAGCAUUUAUUUUGUAGAAUCGAAAAUGUCCAAACGAGUCAAUUUGAUUUGGAACUAUUAUAACAAAACCGAGAUGUUUGAAUGGUUCGUUGUAGUUUCAAACCGUAUUUCUUUCGAUGUGUAUUAUUUAGCCUAGCGGUACAUGUAUAUUGUAAUUUAUUCAUCCGAUAUAAUUUGUAUCGUAAAUUUCAUAAGAUGUACGGUUAUUUUUAAGAAUCGGAAUUUUGUACAUUCAAAUUACUUUCGAGGUACCAGGUAUUUUAUAGUGUGAGAGUUAGAAUGAGUUACCAGAUAAGCAUUUUUAUUUUAGCAUUGUUUGUACAAAGCGGAGUUUAUAAAGGCUCUGACAGGGUCGGGCCGAAUAUUAAAUUAACAUCGCCUUACUGCAAAAAUAGAGGUUGCAAAAGGCAAGUAAGUGUGUUAACACGUUAAAAUCAAUUGAAGCAGUAUCGUACUUUUAAAAUCUCUUUUUAAAGACCAAAUUUAACGAAUGAAAUUUUAUUUUUAUAAUUUUGCAUGUCGGAUUGACAGUGGGCUCGAUGUACAUACGCUAGUGAGACCCUGCAGCAUGGUCCUACAAUGUCGACUGACUUCGCUUCACUCUACGUGAACAGGUUUUUUAUCCAACAAAUACUUGUAGACACAAUUGUAACAUAUGUAGAGCAGCGCCAUUGGCGCCAUAGAUUAGUGGGUGGCACUGCCUGACUUAUGUUUCAUUUCGUUGAUUGUUAUGAGAGAGAUGAAUUGUUCGUUGUUGCGACCUGUUGUUAAUUCACAAUAAUAAUGAUAUAAUGCGAAUAUAGUCCCAUGUUGAUUUCCCUAUCUGAACGGUUCCGUAGUUCUAUGCGAGAUAAACUAAUACACAAUUUUCGUUGUACAUAGAUAACAUUAUUAUAUUGAAAUAAUA